AUGGAGCACGUGCACAUCGCAGCGCUGCGACCGAACGUGGACGCGCUCGAAUCGAAGCAGAUCAAAGCCGUGGUCACGCUCAUAUGGCCGUACUCGUCCUCCCAGCGCCAGUUUGCCCUGCUCCUCGCCGAGCCCGACCUCCGACUGCGACGCAAGAACGGCCAGGUGCGCGCUCACUUCUCGUCGACAAGCGCGAGAGCUCUUGCGACAACGGGUGUGGGGAUUGGCGAUGAGGUGGUCCUGGGCUUGCAUGGCGCGCAGUUCGUGCAGGAUGGCGCCGUCGGAACGCCGGGGAAGCGCAUCGACUGGGAGCUGGCAUACACCCAGACGCUCGCCAUCUCUGUGCGCCGAGACGGAGCUGAAAUCGCAAAUCUCGAGCUGAUCGAUGCUGCACCCACACCUGCGCCCCGGUCGCCAGUCAAGAAACCGGCAGCGGCGCCCAGUCCCAUGCCGCAAUGGUCCUCUCCUGCUUUCCUCAGGCGCGCGCGGCUCUCGGACAGGCCCUCCUUCGAACAGCCCGCAUUCGACCCUCUAGCAGACGCAUACAAUGGAACGCACGACAAAAAGCGGCGGCGCAAGUCGUACAGAGACUGGACAGCUUGGACAUACACAACAAGAACGCCGUCGCCAGAGAAGGAACAUGUCGCUAUCGAAGACGACUUGGAGGAGGCCAUGUCUUCGCCGAGCCGGCGACCGCAAUUGCCAAGGACGCCUGUAUCACCUUCGAGGACGGAGGCUAUGUCAGCCGCAGCAGAAGCGCGAGAAGAUUUAGAGUACGUCGAGGAGACUACAAUAGCGGACAGCGCUGAGGAUGACACAACGAUCGACGACGGAGAGCUGCAGAAGGUCUACGCUCCCUUGAGCACAACCCCAGAGCGCCGGCAGCGAGAUGCUGUUCCUCAAAUCGAGUACGACGGCGCUCCGCUGGACUCACAGUACGAUUUUGGAGGCGAUACAGAGCUCAACACAGAAGAUGAGGAAGACGAUGAAGAAGAUGAAGACGUCACUGUUCCAGACGUUGAAGCGGUCGACGUGAGUGCAACAGAGGUGGCUACUGAGCUGGAAGACGAGCCUGAAGAGGUGGAAGAUGAGCCCUCAAUUAUUGAGGCUGAAUAUGAGAUUACCGACGUUGAAGCAAACGCCACAGAAGAAGACAGCGAACCCGAGGUCGAACCUGAGCGGCCUGAGGAGGUCUCGGAAGGGGCAGAGGAUACAACUAUCGAUGAGACAGUCGCAGAGGUCGUCGAAACUGCGACAGUCGCCGAGGAGUCUCUCACAGUCGCCAUGCCUCCGCCUAGCUUGCCCGACAUAUACACAGGCUUUGCUGCGCCUAGUGUGACAGACCUGUUGACCCCCAUUGGCAGGGAGCCAUCAAGUCCAAAUCUCAAGGCUGUGGACUCGGCUACACUUCCGUUACCCUCACCUUUCCCCGGCGAGCAGGCUAUCUCCUACUUUGAGCACAUCUCAGUAGGACGGCAGCAAGCUCCCCUUGAUGGCCCAGUUGUACAGCAGGAGCUCGCGAUUGACGACGAUGCUGACUACAUCAUGGAGAACUCCUUCUUCAGUUCAAUCAGCUCUUCAAGAGGGGGUGGUCUGCAUCAAGACCAUGAGACUGCUUUUACACCUGUGCGCUUCACUUUCGGCAUGGACGGAGCUGGCUGGUCUCGUCCUCUCGAACUGUCUUCGCCGCCACCGGAAGACGCUCCUCCAAUCACGAUCAAAGAGCCCGCGCCGACUGCUUUUCAAGAUGAAGAGAACAUUGAGCGAGAGGAGGCUCAGCCAGCUCUCGCCGAGCAAUUUGAACUUGUUGAGGAUGUGAGCUACUCGUCACUGGCGGGGACAUUCGAUGGAGACGUGACAAGUGCGGUCAGAGCUCGCAACGAGACCGAAGAGGUGGUACCAGAACCUGCCCAAACGCCAGUGGAGCCUAUCUUCGGGCCAGCGGAAGCAGAUCCUACUGAAGCAGUGCCAAAGUCUUCCAACAUGGUUGUCCUUUCUUCUGACGUAGAGUACGAAGAUUGUAAGGAUGAAGUGGAAGACGAAAUCAUGGCCGAGCCUGAGAUGGAUCGCACCACAGAGGAAGAAACUGAGUCAGAGAGUGAGGAGAAAGCUGAGUCCGAGUCUAAAUUUGAGUCGGGGUCUGUACUUGAGUCCGAGGCCGAGACUGAUGAGAUCGAUGCCCAGCACGCACCGCCUGCAAGCUACGAAGGACGGAAAGGCCAAGAGAGCCCGACAACGAGCUUUGAGUCGGAGGCAGAAGACGAGCAGCCUCAAUCCCAGCAAGACGACACGUUUGUAGCAACACAGACAUCUGUAGCUGUGUCUGAAGUUGUGGAUCUCGGCUCCCCUUCAGCGGAUGGAGGCAGCGACACUGAUCACAACGACAGCCCUUCUAUCGCAUCAAUCCCCGUGCAAACCGUCAACGAGGCAGAGCCGAACGACCCUACUGAGACCGCUCAAGAUCUUGAAGACGAUAAUACCGAUCUCCGAGUGGGACCGAUAGUUCAACCCACCUCUGCAACCAGUCAUAAGGACCUCAAUUUCGACGACUUCGUUGGCCAAGACAUAACGCAGAAAUCGACGGUUGUAUUAUCCUCCAGCCCGGACGGCCCCAUCCGCGAACCGGCUUCGAUCUCCAUACCAGAUACCUACGAUCAGCCACUUAGUGUGGAGUUCGAUGACUGGGAGCCGCAGCUGGGAAUGGACGAGCCCUUGCCGUUUAUCGGAGAGGAAAACCCGCUCCGAGAUAUUGAAGACUCGCCCGGUGGUGCCCAAGCGGACGCUGCAGAUGUUCUGAUAGAAGAGGCAGCGGAUACACGGACCGAUGCUGAACAUUCAGAGGUCAAGACCGAGUCAGUGGAAGAUGGCUCUUCAUACCUCAUCAGCCAAAGUCAGGAUGUACCGCAGGAGUCUGCCACCGAUCCUGCCACAGAGCUUUGGAUAUCUGUUCCAGAGAAUGGCCACAAGCUUGGAGAAAUCCAAUACAAAUCUGUGCCUGCCACUGCUCCGGCGAGGAACACUAGAUCGAAAGCGAAGUCUGCAGCCUCUCCGAUCGAGGAAGAGGGGUAUGUGUCUAGGAUCAGCACGAGUGUGCGACGCAUAAGAUCUAAAGCCUCAUUCGAUUCCACCAACCGGGAUGCUACAUCACCCACGCAAAGCCGAGGACCUCCAAGGUCAACGACAACUACGGGAACGCAAGACGUAACUCAUACCUCACCCUACAGUUUGCGCUCACAGUCUAAGCAACUCUCGCCCGACCAGAGUGUCACUGCUCCUCAGCUCCCGGCUCGCCGGAGUCCUCGCAAACUCGAACGGCGAGACACCGACUUUGACAUCGUCCCUUCUCAAGUCGAGAACCGAGAUCUGUUUGGUAGCAUAUUCGAGCCGUCGCAAGAGCUGGGGUUCGGAUAUUCACAGCUUUCGCAAGGUAGAUACUCCGACGUAGGCUUCGUGAAGGACUCCGAGGAGAACACUUCUCACUCAGAAAGCUCAAUCUCCACGGUUCAUGCCUCUGAUGACGAUGUAGGUCGUGCUAACAGGAGUGACCCAGCUGAAGUCACCGAUGACCUGCAGCCAGCUACACCUCAACUAAAGCCACCACCAAGCUUUCUGCAAUCACAACGUCAGACUCGCUCCAGGUCAAGGUCGAUGAGGCAACAAAGCGUUGUGUCACCUAUCCAGCCACCUCAAUCCCCAAGGCGGUCACCCAGACUGACGCGUUCAACUUUUUCGUCUACCCCAAGCCCUCGAAUCGCACGUACAUUGAAAGCGGCAGUACAAGUAUCUCCUCCGGUCCCUGAGGUAGUCGACGAAGACCAAGGUCGAGAGGACACAUCAAAGGCUAAAGAACAGUCCAUCGUCUAUCCCAUCUUGUCCGCUGAAAGCAGAGGCAACAUUCACAGCUCUCCACUAGCACCGGCCUCCGCACAGACGACCCUCCAAGAGAGUAAUCUUCUCACACCAGACGAAACCCAGCAAACAGCCGCGGAGCCACCUCUAUCCUUCCAAGCCCGCCAACCCGAACAAAGUCACCUUAUCACACCGGACCUCACACAAACAACCUCAGCAACCGCAACACUUCGCUCCUUUGACGUCCCCCUCCCAGGCGUAGAAACACAACCCGCGCCCCACUCACCCAUCCUCCGGACCUCUCCGCGCCGCAAACCUGCCACCACCGAACCCAAAUCCACAUCACCCGCUCAGCAGUCAUCGCCUAUCUACCAAUCCUCCUCCGCCAUCUCAGCCGAAGACCAGGACGCGACUCUAGUGACAAAGCCAGAGCCGCCCUCCCUCGGCCUCUCAACCCCGCUGGCAUACUACACGCCCCUGCGCGACCUAAUCUACUUCCUCAACCGCUCGUCCCAGUUCCACUCCGCCGCGAACCCCGACAUCCUCGCGCUCUGCACAUCCUCUUCGAUAACCCCGGCGCAGGCGACCAACGGUCCACGAGACUGGACGACCAGCCUCAGCGUCACGGAUCUGAGUAUCUGGCCGCAGACGCGGCGCGUCGAUGUGUUCCGCGCGUAUCAGACUGCGCUUCCCGCGGCGGAAGUCGGUGACGUGGUGCUGUUGCGUGCGUUCAAGGUCGAGAGUCGCAGGCGGGAACCACGGCUGCGAAGUGCCGAGGAGAGCUCGUGGUGUGUGUGGCGCUACGGGAAGCCGGUUUGGGGCAAGAAGGGCGGCAGGUGGGGCGAGCUAAGGGCGAGGGAGGAGGUUAAGGGGCCGGCUGUUGAGAGAGGGCUGGGUGAGUGGGCGGAGGUGGAGAAGCUGAGGGGGUGGUAUGUGGGGAUUGUUAAGGAGGUGCUUGAAGAGAGGGAGGCGGAAAGGCUGGGCCUGAGGAGAGAGCUUAGGGGUGGUAGUAAGGGGGCUGAUGUCCAGGUCGACGAGGUCAAGGAACACGAGUAG